AUGGCUCCUGCUAAAGCUGACAGCACGAAGAAGAGUGAUCCAAAGGCCCAAGCCUUGAAGACUGCCAAGGCUGUGAAAUCCGGCCCUACUUUCAAGAAGAAGGCCAAGAAGAUCAGGACAUCAGUCACAUUUCAUAGGCCAAGGACAUUGAAGAAGGAAAGGAACCCUAAGUAUCCCCGCAUUAGUGCACCACCAAGAAACAAGUUGGACCAUUAUCAAAUUCUCAAGUAUCCAUUGACUACUGAGUCUGCAAUGAAGAAGAUUGAGGACAACAACACACUUGUUUUCAUUGUUGACAUCCGAGCUGAUAAGAAGAAGAUUAAAGAUGCAGUUAAGAAGAUGUACGACAUUCAGACCAAGAAAGUGAACACCUUGAUCAGGCCCGAUGGAACGAAGAAGGCAUACGUUAGGUUGACACCAGACUAUGAUGCCUUGGAUGUGGCCAACAAGAUUGGGAUCAUCUAA